AUGGGAGAGCGAGGUGGCGGUCGUCGCCACCAUUUGACUCUCGAGUCUGGAGAGCAUCUACUCCAUCUAUAUGCUUAUAGGUCCAGUUCAUUAAGAAUGGUGAGUCGUAAAAUUUUUUCGUAUAUCCACUCGUUCCUUUUUUCAGGUCAUCGCUUUGUUUUCUCCCUUUGUUGUUGUAGCUGUCGUAAGUCAAUUAAGGGUCUGUUCUAUGUCUUCUCAUUAGCAACUCUUGGGCUAUUUCGCUUAAUUCUGCAUUGGAAACAAAGAUGGCAUAUCCGGUUCCGUGCUACUCGUACGACAUUUGCCUUUGCUGAUUUUGUAUAUAUCAUGAUUCCUGGGCGAGCUAUGAUGUUUAGAGACGAUCAUAAUGUUGAGGAAUUCCAUGAAAUCAAAACUACUCGGAGAAGUCUCAACUCUCCUCCUCUAAUAGUACCUCGUGAGGAUGGGUCAAUGCAAGAAGUGGACGAGGUGCGAUGGUUCGUGUAUAGGAAGUUACACUAUAUUUGGAUUGAAAAAGAGGGGAAAAUUAACCUCGAUGACGAAAGAGAUGGACAUUGGGUUGCACCAGGGGACACUGUUAGCCACCAGUGGAAAGAUAUUUUAACUGGUAUAUUUAACUACGAACAGAAGUUUUUACCCAAGUCUUACUUUUUUGAAAAUCUCCUCUUCACGUUUUUCACAAUAUUAUUGCACGAGGGACGGGAUUUGAUGAACUUGAGGUUUCUUUUCCAUGUACCAUUUUUAUUUAGUCCCUUCAAUGCCCUAUUCCCAUUAUUGAUGCGUGCUAGAAUUCAGGUUUCUCAACGCCUUGCUACUUACGGGUUAAAUUCCAUAGAAAUUAAACUUCGUUCGAUUCCUGUGCUGUUAUUCAUGGAGGUCAUUUCUCCGUUCUACAUUUUUCAAAUAUUCAGUGUCACUAUUUGGUAUAGUGAUGAAUAUUGUUAUUAUGCCUCGGUUAUUGUUCUCAUGUCAGUUUGUUCAAUAAUUAUGGAUGUUUAUCAAACGCGGGGACAGGAGAAGAGGCUACGGGCAAUGGUUCAUUCGAGCAGUGAAGUUGAAGUGGUUAGGAACGGUGGAUUCGUAACGCGUAUCAACAGUGAACAGCUUGUUCCUGGUGACAUUCUUCUAAUUCCACCACAUGGUUGUCUUCUUCAAUGUGAUGCUGUACUAAUGAGUGGAACAGCUAUUGUUAAUGAAAGUAUGUUAACAGGAGAAUCGGUUUCUCUCGUUGAAGAUCAUCAAGAAACGCAUCUGUCUACAGAAAAACAUUCUAAAAAUGUACUGUUCUGUGGAACACAAGUUCUUCAAACGCGGUAUUACCGAGGUCAAAAAGUGAAGGCGGUAGUACUUAGAACGGGAUUCUCUACCAUGAAAGGGCAGCUUGUGAGAUCAAUAAUGUAUCCGAAGCCCGUUGACUUUCGCUUCACAAAGGAUUUGUUUAAGUUCGUGGGAUUUCUCGGAUGUAUUUCACUUUGUGGGUUUGUUUACACGGUGGUUAUAAUGUUACGAAGAGGAAGCAAUCUACGUCGUAUCAUCGUACGGGCGUUAGACAUAAUCACAAUCACCGUUCCACCUGCCUUACCUGCGGCUAUGUCAGUGGGAAUCAUUAACUCACAACUACGGCUUAAAAAGAAAGAGAUAUUUUGUAUCUCACCAUCGACAAUUAACACCUGUGGAGCGAUCAACGUUGUUUGUUUUGACAAAACUGGCACAUUGACUGAAGAUGGUCUGGAUUUUCACGUUCUCCGAGCUGUCGUACCAGCUGUCAAUAACCGUCCGCCGAUGUUCACCACUGAAUUUAGUCGUAUGAGUCGCGAUGAAUUGCCUCAUGCAGGAGAUCUCGUAAAUGCGAUUGCCACAUGUCAUUCUCUCACAAGAAUUGAUAGUGUUCUUCAUGGCGAUCCUCUUGACCUCGUACUAUUUCAAAAAACUGGAUGGAUCCUUGUAGAAGCCGGCGAUGACGAGGCGGAUCACGAUGAGACGGAGAUUUCAUCACUUCAACGAAUGUCGGUCAUAGUUUUCAAUCCUUCCAAGGAUUCUCAUUCAAUGACUCUUUAUUGUAAAGGAGCUCCUGAAAUGGUUCACUCCCUAUGCAACCCAACAACAAUACCAGAAGAUUAUUUCACAGUUGUGAACGAAUACGCUCAACACGGAUUUCGUCUAAUAGCAGUGGCCCGUCGUCCUCUGAGUCUUAAUUUCAGAAAGGCUGCAAAAGUGCCACGAGCUAGCGUGAGUGCUGCUCUUAUUUUUAACAGGAUCGUGACAGGCAAUCGUUUUCAGGUGGAAUGUAAUUUGGAGCUUUUGGGUCUGAUCGCAAUGGAAAACCGUAUAAAACCAGUAACGUUGGGUGUAAUCAAUGAGUUAAAUCGGGAAAAUUUUAGAGCUCGGAUUAGAACAGUUAUGGUAACCGGUGAUAAUCUGCUCACUGCAAUGAGUGUAGCGCGGGAAUGUGGUAUAAUAAAAUCAGAUAAACGAGCUUUCCUCAUAGAGCAUUGUGCUGGUGAGGUCGAUUCAAUUGGGAGGACUAAAAUUGUUGUCAAGCAGUCAGUCUCUUCGUCUGGUGAGCUGUUAGAAGAUGAUACUAUUUUCUCUAAAAAUGGAAUAGAUGUGGAGAAAGGAAAGCUAAUAAAAAACAGCUAUCACUUCGCUAUAUCAGGUCCUACAUUUGCCGUUAUUUCUCACGAAUAUCCUGACAUCCUUCCCUCACUGGUGUGUAUAUGUGAUGUGUUUGCUCGGAUGGCUCCUGAUCAAAAGCAACAGCUGGUGAACGGUCUUCAAGAAAUUGGUUAUACAGUGGCUAUGUGUGGAGAUGGCGCUAAUGACUGUGCCGCUUUAAAGGCAGCUCAUGCAGGCAUAUCGCUCUCAGAUGCAGAAGCAUCAAUUGCUGCUCCAUUCACAUCAAAAGUUGGAUUGUUUUCUAUGUUAUUUAUUUUCAUAUCUUCGAGUGUUCACUCGCAGGUGGCGGAUAUUCGUUGUGUGCCGAUGGUCAUCAGCGAAGGGCGAGCAGCUCUCGUAACGUCUUUUGGAAUUUUCAAGUACAUGGCUGGUUACUCCUUGACGCAGUUUGUUACUGUGAUGCUUCUGUAUUACAUUUCAAACAUACUUACAGACGGGCAGUUCAUGUAUAUCGACAUGUUCUUAAUUACACUGCUAGCCGUUUUAUUUGGAAACACAUCAGCUUAUGAAAAGCUUUACCCUACACCACCACCUACACGACUUUUAUCAGCCGCCAGCAUUUGCAGUGUUUUGGGACAGCUCGCCAUUAUGGGUAGCACUCAGAUCUUGUCUGUACAAAUCGUUUUCGACAUUUUAGUCCGACUAGAUUGUUUUAUUAAGCUCUUCGUUUUCGUAAUGACAACUGCGCAACCGUGGUUUAUUCCCUAUAACACACCUAGAGGAGACGAAGUAGACGACAAGAGGAGCAUGCAGAUGCUACAGUCGCAGUCUUUUGUGGUGUUCAACAGAUGCAUGUUCGCAACUGUUAAGGCUGCAGUUAAGUGA